AUGUUCUCACUUCUCAGAGCGAUGAUGCUAACAAGGACAAAGAGGAGAAGAGAAGAUUGCGAAGAUGGAGUAAAGAAGAUGGUCAAAGUUGAGGACAAAGAGGAAGAAGAUGCUACAAACGAUUUGGUUGGCAAAACCACCUUGAAAGUGCAAUACGAAGCCUUUGAUUAUGAAAGCGUUGGCGAGACUUGCUAA